CUAACCAACACAAGGAAGGCUUUUCGACACCCGACCGCCACCAAGAGCCACCACCACCACAAACAAUGUGAAGGAUAACGGCCACCACCGCCGCCGUGCCGUACCCGGGAGACACUUGUUGGUUUCUUGUGGCGUCGAAGCUAAGUGGAUCGAUGCAGGUUCGCCCUCCUCUAUCGAGCUUCAUCUCCGUGUUUGGCAUGUCGCUAGAUACAGUAGAACCGACCACUCGCUCGUCCCAAGUCGUGUAUAUGCCUCUCUCUCAUACUUCUCUCUCUCUCUCUCUCAUUCCCUCAUUGACACCCCCCCUUCCACCCUCCCUCUUUUCUCUUUCUCUCUCUCUCUCUCUAUUUGUUUGUCUCUGUUUCUCUUAUUGAACUAAAGUUAGCUAAAGAUGGAUGGCAAAAAGUCCGUUUCACGACAACCUUAAUCCCCUUUCCGUCCCUCCCACACCCCCCCCCCCGUUCUUGUCGCCCUACUCCGUGAGGGAGAGAAAGAAAGAAAGAAAGAAAGAAAAAAGAGAAAAACCUUGAAAACGCCUCCAUCACGACGACGACGAACGUUUCUCCGAGCACGACGCCUACGCCAUGGUCGACGAAGUAGAUAUCUAGCGCGAAACGACCACCACGACCACGACCACCCACCCCCCCCUUCUUCCCAUCAUCCCCCCUCGAGACGAUUUUGAAAGAGAAGAAAGACAAGGGAGGCUUACUCCCAUUCUCUUCCUCCCUACGUCGUCCCCCGCCGCCAUGAGGUUCUUCGCCCUGUUCCUGUCUCUGGCCGCCGUGCUGUCGUGCGCCGCGGCCCAAGGCGAUGCCACGGCCGCCGUGGCUGCGCUGCCGGCCUGCGCGCAAUCAUGUCUCUUCACGGCCGUCCUCAGCUCCCCCUGCGCGCCGACCAACCAGACGUGUAUCUGCACCAACGCUCCUUUGCAGGCCGAAGUCGAAGCUUGUGUCAUGCAGAACUGCACCCUCAGGAACGCCCUCACAACCAAGAACGUCACGCUGACGACGUGCGGCGCGACGCCAAGGGACCGCACGACCAUGUACAACACCAUCUCCAUCACCAUGGGCACCCUCUCGGGCGUCUUCGUCAUCAUCCGCCUCGUCCACAAGGUCCUCGCGACCCUCGGCGACCUCGGCAUGGACGACUGGUUCAUCCUCAUCACCCUCGGCGCCGGCAUCCCCGGCACCGUCAUCAACACCCACGGCUUCGCCGCCAACGGCCUCGGCAAGGACAUCUGGACCGUCGCCUUUGACAAGAUCACCAGCUUCGGCUACUGGUUCUUCGUCAUGGAGCCCAUGUACUUCGGCCAGGUCACCCUGCUCAAGAUGUCGCUGCUCUUCUUCUACCUGCGCAUCUUCUCCCACAACCGCACCAUGAAGAGGCUCAUCUGGGGCACCAUCGCCUUCAACGCCGUCUUCGGCACCACCUUCAUCUUCGUCGCCGUCUUCCAGUGCACCCCGAUCAGCUUCUACUGGACCAAGUGGGAUCUCGGGCACCAGGGGACCUGCCUCGACAUCAACGCCAUCGCCUGGGCCAACGCCGGCAUCAGCAUUGUCCUGGACUUUUGGAUGCUCGGCCUCCCGCUGUCCCAGAUCAAGAGCCUGAACCUCCACUGGAAAAAGAAGAUUGGCGUUGCCAUGAUGUUCUUCGUCGGAACCUUCGUCACCGUCGUCAGCAUCCUCCGCCUGCAGUCCCUCGUCCAGUUCGCAAAGUCCCAGAACCCGACCUGGGACCAGUUCGACGUGGCCCUCUGGUCCACCGUCGAGAUCAACGUCGGCAUCAUCUGCGCCUGCAUGCCCUCGAUCCGCGUCAUCCUCGUCGGCUUCUUCCCCAAGCUCCUCGGCACCACCCGCCACGGCACCUCCAACGCCGCCCGCUACUACAUCCAGUCGAGCGGCAACGGCCGCAGCCGGAACCGCACCCUCGGCAACGAGGCCAAGAUCCGGACCGUCGACCGCGACUCGGCCUCCUCGAGCGCCGGCGAAGGCGGGCCGACCGGCAUCAUCUACACCAAGGAAUACACCGUCGACUUCCACGAUGAGGCCAGCCUGGUACACAUGCGGGAGCUGGAGCCUGGGAGCUCAAAGACUGGGCGGAGCGGCUCUCCGUUCUGAAGGUGUCUUUCCUUUUUGUUUGGGUAUGGGGCGGAGGAGUACUUGGAGCCUACGAGAUGUAUGACAUAUUUAUUUUUUUGGUAUACUACCACAGCGUGCGGUGGACUACGGUUUUCCCCGAUGGUAAAUGGAACUAAUCAAACCACAUAAGAAUUAUGCUUCUUAGCCCGAACAACAUUUGGUUUAAAAACUAGAUGAGGUCGUUUGUUUGUCGUUGUU